GAGCGGACACCAGGCUGAAGUUCACCAUAGAACCUGCUCUGGGCAAGAACGGCUUCCAGCAGUGGUAUGAUGCUCUGAAGGCUGUGGUCAGACUUCCUACCGGCAUCCCUAAGGAGUGGAGGAAGAGGGUAUGGCUGACUCUAGCUGAUCAGUACCUCCACAGUAUCUCUAUCGACUGGGACAAAACUCUCCGCUUCGCUUUCAACGAACGCAGUAACCCUGACGAUGACUCACUGGGCAUCCAGAUUGUUAAGGACCUGCACAGGACAGGUUGUAGUUCAUACUCCGGCCAGGAGGGGGAGCAGGACAGGGUGGUGCUGAAGAGAGUACUCUUGGCGUAUGCUCGCUGGAAUAAGGCUGUAGGAUACUGUCAGGGCUUCAACGUACUGGCAGCUCUCAUACUGGAGGUUACAGAGGGCAACGAGAGCCAUGCACUCAAGGUGAUGAUCUACCUGAUAGACAAGGUGCUACCAGAGAGUUAUUUUGCCAACAACCUGCGUUCUCUGUCUGUGGACAUGGCUGUGUUUAGAGAUCUCCUGAGGAUGAAGCUCCCUCGUCUCUCACAGCACCUACACCACCUGCAGAAGACUGCUAAUAGAGAGGCUGGAGGCAGCUACGAGCCUCCUCUGACCAACGUAUUCAUGAUGCAGUGGUUUCUGACCAUGUUUGCUACCUGCCUGCCCCCCAACACCGUACUAAAGAUCUGGGAUUCUGUGUUCUUCGACGGCUCUGAGGUUCUACUGAGAGUAGCUCUGGCUAUCUGGUCUCACCUGGGGGAGCGUAUAGAGAACUGUCAGACAGCAGACCACUUCUACAGCACCAUGGGCUGGAUCACUCAGGAGAUGCUGGAGAACAGCCUCGUAGACUGUAGCCACCUCAUGCAGACAGUGUACUCCAUGGCAGUGUUUCCAUUCCCUCAGCUGGCUGAACUCAGAGAGAAAUACACCUACAACAUCACCCCCUUCCCCACCUCCAACCCUAACGGCAGUGGUGGUCUAGGUGACUGGGAAGGUGAUGAAGAUGUUGAAGAUGAUGAAGAUGCAGUGGUGACAGCAGCGUUGGGGUGUUUGGGCCCACUGGGGGGGCUGUUAGCUCCAGAACUACAGCGGUACCAGAGACACAUCAAAGACCAGCGUGUGGGGGAGCAGGGGGUUAACAUGGCAGACCUGAGUCCCGGGGCGGUAGGGGGUGUUGGGUCGGGGGGGGGCCGAGCGGAGCAUCAAGCAGCCAUCAACAGUAUGAUGCAGGAGAGGAUGAGUACUGACAUCAGCGCUCUGAAGAAACAGUACUCACGUAUCAAGAGACAUCAGCAACAACAGGCCAGGCAGCUGUACAUUCACACAGACAGGUGUCCAGUCACCAGCGUGCUAGGGUCUCAGCUCCGUCCCUCUCCUGUCGUCAACCACCUGUUGCUAGGCAGGAAGCCCAGGAACAGCCUGACACACCCUCCCUCCAGCCUGCUAGGCGCCCCCCAGGCACAGUCCAGCCCUGCCAACCCUGGCCCUAACCCUACCCCAAGGGGGGAGAGGGGGAGGAACCGACUGGUAUCUCAGGCUGAAGACUGUCACAGCAGGGUGGGGUCCCCCUGGCGCGCCCACGUACGUGCCCACCGCAGGAACAUAGCCCGAGCACGGGUACAGCUAGGGUUUGGCAACAUGGAGGAGGAGGAGGAGGAGGACAGACACACUCAUCAGACGAAGGAGGAGGAGGACAGACACACUCAUCAGACGAAGGAGGAGGACAGACACACUCAUCAGACGGAGGAGGAGGACAGACACACUCAUCAGACGAAGGAGGAGGACAGACACACUCAUCAGACGGAGGAGGAGGAGGACAGACACACUCAUCAGACGAAGGAGGAGGAGGAGGAGGACAGACACACUCAUCAGACGGAGGAGGAGGAGGAGGAGGACAGACACACUCAUCAGACGAAGGAGGAGGACAGACACAGUCAUCAGACGAAGGAGGAGGAGGAGAGAGAUGGAGUGGGCGAGGGAAAGGCUGCUGAUGAUGAUGAUGAGGAGGAGGAGGAAGAUGGUAGUCACCUCCCUGUGUCUCCUGCCCAGGCCUUCAGUAAGGAGGUGCCAGCUGUGGUGGAGAAGGAGGUGGAAGUGGAGGAGCACCUGGUGUCUCUAGAGCUGAAGUCUGGAUCAGAACCAAACCAGACCCCACCUCCACAACCCUCCUCUCUAAACUAUACCCCCUCUCCCACAGAGACCACCCCACCUCCACAACCCGCCUCUCCCACAGAGACCACCCCAGACACGCUACCCUCCUCUCCCACAGAGACUACCCCAGACACACUACCCUCCUCUCCCACAGAGACUACCCCAGACACACUACCCUCCUCUCCCACAGAGACCACCCCAGACCCACAACCCGCCUCUCCCACAGAGACCACCCCACCUCCACACACCCGCCUCUCCCACAGAGACCACCCCACCUCACACUACCCUCCUCUCCCACAGAGACCACCCCACCUCCACUACCCUCCUCUCCCACAGAGACUACCCCAGACACACUACCCUCCUCUCCCACAGAGACCACCCCAGACACACUACCCUCCUCUCCCACAGAGACCACCCCAGACACACUACCCUCCUCUCCCACAGAGACCACCCCACCUCCACUACCCUCCUCUCCCACAGAGACCACCCCAGACACACUACCCUCCUCUCCCACAGAGACCACCCCAGACACACUACCCUCCUCUCCCACAGAGACCACCCCAGACACACUACCCUCCUCUCCCACAGAGACCACCCCAGACACACUACCCUCCUCUCCCACAGAGACCACCCCAGACACACUACCCUCCUCUCCCACAGAGACUACCCCAGACACACUACCCUCCUCUCCCACAGAGACCACCCCAGACACACUACCCUCCUCUCCCACAGAGACCACCCCAGACACACUACCCUCCUCUCCCACAGAGACCACCCCAGACACACUACCCUCCUCUCCCACCAUCCCAGAGCUGCCUGUCCCUGUCCUUCCUCUUCCUCCUCCUCCUCCAUCACACCACCACCACCACAGUCAACAGUCUGACCCUCCAGUCUCCUCUCAGAACAUCUACUGUAUGAGACGCUCCCCAGGUGCACCUGUUUCCCCCUUUAACCCCCCCACCCCUGGUACACCGCUUACCCCCUCCCUCCCUCUCUCCUGCCCCUCCGUGCCCCAGGACCGACCCAGGGCCUCCCCCCAGCAGGUGGUGUUCUCUCCCUUCCCCAGUGUGAAGCAGCACAGGAGGUCAGCUGCAGCCCGUAACCUGGGACUCUAUGGCCCCACAGCCAGAACCCCCACGGUUCACUUCCCUCAGCUCAGCCUGACCCGUACCACCUCCACCGUCACCACCAGGAAGCGCUAGAGGGACCGCGAGUGACUGGCUCUGGCAGAUACAGCCCGGUUCUUUCUGAUGGUCUGGCUCUGGCAGAUACAGCCCGGUUCUUUCUGAUGGUUCUGGCUCUGGCAGAUACAGCCCGGUUCUUUCUGAUGGUCUGGCUCUGUACCUGAGAGAAACAGACUGAGUCAGCAUGUGUCAGUAUCCGCUAUGGUCUGAUCCACUGCUGUGUGUAGCGGUGUGGGUCACUGGGACAGAGGACGAGCUGCUGUGGACUGGGUCUGUCUGUGUGAACGGCAUCAUGGAACAUCUCUGUCCUCAUGUUAUCUUCCCAGGUCAAGUUGUGUUGAACCCUUCAGCACCUUCCUCCUCUCUGCUGAGUUCUGUUUCUGUCCAAUGUUUCUCCACAGUAAGACCCCAUACUAAAAGAUCCAUAGACCAUAUUAUGUCAAUGAUCUGAUUGUAUUGUUCCCUACAGUCUGAAUGAUCUGAUUGUAUUGUUCCCUACAGUCUGAAUGAUCUGAUUGUAUAGUUCCCUACAGUCUGAAUGAUCUGAUUGUAUAGUUCCCUACAGUCUGAAUGAUCUGAUUGUAUUGUUCCCUACAGUCUGAAUGAUCUGAUUGUAUAGUUGGUAAAAGGACCCACACCAUUCUGGGGCCAGAGGUCACUGCACUCCUAAUAAAGAAAGUGAAAGGAU